AUGCAGAGGAAGAGACCCAUCCCUGUCAACCCCCCAGAAGAUAAGAAAACAGAAUUGACCGACGAUUCGGAUCGGAUCGAGCUAGGGUGAGGAGUACUGGCAGAAAAGCGUUUCGGAAAAUAUUCCACACACGCACCCCAUCAGAGGCCGCCCUCCCAAGACACCGGAAACACCACGCCGAGCAGCGACAACAACGACGCGCAUAUAAAGCAACUCACACACGGAUCUUAAAAAACGACGGUUCCACAACACUAACAAAACGCGAGGAGGAUGAAAAAGGAGAAAGAAGAAGCGGCAGGGGAGAAACAUAGAAUCCUUCACACCGACAACGAACGACAAGAAAGAACAAAGCGUGACAAGGCAGAGCGAUUCACUAGGCCCUUUAGAGUGGACUGCGGAUGUCAGGAGUAGACAUCACAGGACAAGCGUUCGGGCGUUUGAUCGGUAAAACAACCGGAAAUAGCGGGAGAUGGAACCGCUGUGAAAGAAUUAAAACAAAAUCGAAAAAAAAAAGAAAAGAACAAAACUCACAUACACACAAACACACCGAAUGUACGAAGGCCUCUCUUUACCUUUUAAUUUCUUCUGACACGGUACUGUCAUUAGACAGUAAUGAUCAUUAAUAGUUAUAGUGACUGUCCUGUCAUUAGGCAGUAAUGAUCAUUAAUAGUUAUAGUGACUGUCCUGUCAUUAGGCAGUAAUGAUCAUUAAUAGUUAUAGUGACUGUCCUGUCAUUAGGCAGUAAUGAUCAUUAAUAGUUAUAGUGACUGUCCUGUCAUUAGGUGGUAAUGAUCAUUAAUAGCUAUAGUGACUGUCCUUUCAUUAGGUGGUAAUGAUCAUUAAUAGUAUAGUGAUGUCCUUCCAUUAGGCGUUAAUGAUCAUUAAUAGUUAUAGUGGACUGUCCUUUUCAUUAGGUGGUAAUGAUCAUUAAUAGCUAUAGUGACUGUCCUUUCAUUAGGCGGUAAUGAUCAUUAAUAGUUAUAGUGACUGUCCUUUCAUUAGGCGGUAAUGAUCAUUAAUAGUUAUAGUGACUGUCCUUUCAUUAGGUGGUAAUGAUCAUUAAUAGCUAUAGUGACUGUCCUUUCAUUAGGCGGUAAUGAUCAUUAAUAGCUAUAGUGACUGUCCUGUCAUUAGGUGGUAAUGAUCAUUAAUAGUUAUAGUGACUGUCCUGUCAUUAGGCAGUAAUGAUCAUUAAUAGUUAUAGUGACUGUCCUUUCAUUAGGUGGUAAUGAUCAUUAAUAGCUAUAGUGACUGUCCUUUCAUUAGGCGGUAAUGAUCAUUAAUAGCUAUAGUGACUGUCCUGUCAUUAGGUGGUAAUGAUCAUUAAUAGUUAUAGUGACUGUCCUUUCAUUAGGUGGUAAUGAUCAUUAAUAGUUAUAGUGACUGUCCUUUCAUACCCUCUAUCUCUGUCCUCUCGCAAUACUAUGCCAGCUGGUGCAACGCUAAAUAGCUUCCCCACUGUCAUCAUCAGUUUAUUUGUCAUUAGCAGCCCUCUGAGCGCCUGCUCUGCAGCUGGUGUUGCGUUAAAUUGAUUCCCCUCCCCUGUCACCUCUGUUUGACUCACAGUAGUCAUCGCUGUUGGGUUCUUAUCUACUUGUCUGAGUGUGUGCGUGUCUUAGUGUGCAUGUUUGCAUGUGUUGAGGGUAGCUAGUACAAUACAAUACAACUUUAUUAAUCCCAGAGGUGCAAUUCGUUCAGGGCUGACAGGGUGCUUCAAAUAGGACAAACACACCCAUACAGACAGUAUAAAAUAUAAAAUAUAAACACUUAAGGCAUUAUUAAAAGUGCAUGGUGCAAUAUAAGAAAUGAAAAGUUCAUGGUAGCCACAGUUCUUAAUUAAUUUCAGGACUAAACUAUCUCUAGAAUAGUCCCUAGAUCUUCCCCUCUGCUCUCCUCCUUAAUGGUCCUGUUAACCAGGCCGAUGUCCUCGGGCACAAACGAGACCCUACGCCUAUUGGUGGAGCACUUGAGACAGUGCAGGCGGCGUCCAAUGGGGAGCAGUUUGAACUGUGGGUUGAGGGGACAUGGGUGAUGUCAUAGGCCUUUCUGCAUGCUGCCUCAAAAGAAUAUAGGCGGAUUUCUGAGGCACGCCGGUGUGAUCUUAGAGCAGGUGUUCACAAUGGCUUGGGAGGCGGCGGUUCCUAUUUCUUGACCAGAGAGGGAUGUGAAAACCAGCAUUUGAAAGAGAAACACAGAACGCUCUCGAUGAAAGAACUGUAAAAGGUUUGCAAUAUUGAUUUGUGGACACUGAAUGAGUUCAGUUUCCUGAGGGGGAUUAUCUCUGUAGUACAGAAGGGUCUGAUUUAUGGAAGUAGAAUGAGAGAGGGAAGAUAGAGCGCGAGGAUCGAGGCGGAGAGAGAGAGAGAUAGAGAGAUAUAGAGUUAUCUGCUCUAUCUCUAGAGAUCUGCUCUCUCUCUUAUUAUCUCUUCUCUACUCUCUUCUUCUUCUCUCUCUCUUCUCUUACUCUCUCCUCUCUCUCUCUCUCUCUCUCUCUCUCUCUCUCUCUCUCGGGACUUGGAGUCAGAGCAGUAUAACCACAUCACUGCUACAUACUUCCUGCUGGCAGAGACAAUAUUGAGGGAGAGACAGGAGAGAGAGCAGAACUACCACACAUGGUCCAGUCCCAGCCACAAGGCCCAGUUCAGGUGUGCGCACACACACAGCACUGAGCCCAAGGGAACGAGAGAGUAGGGGAGAGAGGGAGGUAGGUAGGGGAGGGAAGCUUUCACAGUAAAUAAACAAGUAGGGGGAGGAGGGAGGGAGAGAUGUUACUCAGUGCUUCCUAUCCCAGUACCCCAGUGUGCUAUGUGUUAGGAUGAUGAUGAUGAUGAUAGGAUGAUUAUGAUGAUGAUGAUGAUAGGAUGAUGAUUGGAUGAUGAUUGGAUGAUGAUAGGAUGAUGUUAGGAUGAUGAUAGGAUGAUGUUAGGAUGUUGAUUGGAUGAUGUUAGGAUGAUGAUUGGAUGAUGAUUGGAUGAUGUUAGGAUGAUGAUUGGAUGAUGUUAGGAUGAUGAUAGGAUGAUGUUAGGUCCGAGCUAUGAGCUUAAAUGGGACAUUCUGUCUUUUAUUAUUCCACAUUGAACAAACUAAACGAAUAAAAAAUGAAUGAAACAAAUCAGACAGAAAAGUUCUACCAACCUUUCACUGUGUGAUGAAACCUCUCUGCUCUCUCUGCUUAACCCUCUCCAGGCAGUUGUGGCCCACCAGAGUGGACAUGCACCAGGACAUGGGAGGUUUUCUGGGGGGGUACCCCCAUCUCCCACCCAGGGGGCCCCCAGUCCCCCGCCCGCAGUGCUGAGAGCCUGGUCCACCACGGACCCAGAUCCAAAACAGCCCUACUGGAGCUCAACCAAAGACGGUUGGGCAAUAACACACACUCUGACCCUCCAGGAUGACAACACACACAGCACACACACCCUUCAGCACUCCCUCCUGUCGGUUCAUCUAGAGAGCACCAGGACAGGUGCCUCCGGCCUCCAGUCAAGCCCCACUCCAAUCCCCUCAGGCUGGGCUCCCUGGCCUCUCCCACCCCCUCUAAACCACGGAGCCCCAGCCUCUUCAGUCUGGAUGAGGAGGAGGAAAAAGGUGGAGGCUUCUUCUCCCUUGGCUCUCCCUGCUCAGGUGGUGCUCCAUCACAACUUCGCCUCAUCUUCAUCCUCCUCCAACUCCUCCUCUUCCUCUGUCACUAACAGACUGACAUCUCGUAAGAGCGCACCUGUCCUCAACCAGAUACAGGAGGAGGAGGAGGAGGAGGAGGAGGAGGAGGAGAAGAAGAAGAAGGAAGGAAAGAUGGAAGGAAAAAGGAGGAGUGUGGGUUCAAGCCAGAACAAUGUUUGA